GCAGUGAGCUGAGAUCCAGCCAUAGCCCUCCAGCCUGGGUGACAGAGUGAGACUCCAUCUCAAAAAAAAAAAGAGUGGGAAAUGGUUGGGGCAGUGUCUCUAGAGGGUGGCUUUCUUUGAUGUGGGCCUGGAAGUUGGUGAAAAUUGCCUCUCUUUUGGUGCUCUUAUGGGUGUCUGAAUAUUUUGAUCCCAGGUCAUCUUUCAAGCCAAGUACAGCAUGCACCAACUCCUACAUGGCUGCAUCCCACAGCUCCUGAUGCACUGGCGGACUGCUCCACACCUGCUCCCUGUUGGGGUCCCUGUCCUCCUGGGUGAUCUUCUAGAGCGGGGGUUUCAAGCUUUAGGGUAUAUGAGACUCGCCUGGGGUCUUGUCUACGCGGCAUGCUGGGUCCCUUCCCAGAGUUCCUGACUUGACGCAUCUGCCAUGAAGCCAGCAUGAACAUGCAUUCCUAGCAAGAUCUCAGGUGCCGCUGAUGCUGCUGAUCUGAGGACACCCUGCUCUGGAGACUAGAAAUGUCUCCGGCCUGGUCUCCCUCCCACACUGCUCCUGUGUAGCCUGUGGGAGGCACCUCCUGGCAGCCGGGUGUGCAGGCUGGUCCAGCGCAGCCGCCUCAGUCCCUAUGCGAGUGGUCUCUGGCACCUCAAGUGCCAUUCUGUGGGCCUACCCAAGGAACAUAUUCCAGGGGCUGGAGCUGACCUGCUGGAGCCCCCAACUCAGUCUGAUAGAAAGAAGAUUUUAAAAAAAACUUUUAAUGUUAGAGUAAUUUAAAUUUUAUAGAAAAAUUGUGAAGCUAGUACAAAGACUUUACGUAAACCCCACACCCUGAUUCCCUUUCAUUCUUAUAGUAGAUUUGUAUCACUAAUGAACCACUCUUGAAACAUUAUUAUUAACUCAAGUUCAUACUUUAUUCCAACAUCCUUGGUAUUUUUCUAAUGCCCUUUUUCCAUCUCAGGAUCCCAUCCAGAUCCCACAUGACAUCUGGCCAUCAUGUACCUUUGGGUUCUCUUGCUGUGACACCUUUUCUGACUUUGCUUGUUCUUGGUGACCUUAGCGGUUUUGAGGAGCACCUGUAGGGUGUUCUGUAGAAUGUCCUUCAAUCCAGAACUUCUUUUUACAUUCCUUAUCUGCUUGGAGGGCAUCUUGAGUCAUGGAAUAGAUUCUCAUUUGUUUUCUUUGUAAAUUCUGCCUAGAGCCAGGGUCUGCAGAGAUCUCUGGAAUCUGAUAGCUAGAGGCCUCAGUUGACCCUGAGGCAAGCCCCAUUCCUGUUAGAGAAGGUGUGUGGAGCUGGUGUGGUUGGGAGGAGUGGUUGAGAAUGGUCUCUGCGGGCACAGGGCUUGCCUGGCAGGCAGCUGCCCAGUAUGGCUGCCUUUGUGGCUGAUGUCAUGUUCUCAUCCCAUCUGAUGCACUCUCCGCGAGUCACUUUCAGAAACUGGAAGAUCCCACUUAAUUCUGCUCUGGAAUAUAUUUAGAAAUCUAUUCAUGGCCCUCUCCCAAAGCUGAUGUUAAAAUUAAGAGAGAUCAUUUGUAGGAUGUCAUGGCUGUGCGGGAGGAACGCGUUGAUGUCUCCCUGGCCGCCUUUGGCUUCUUCUCUUGCUUAGGAACUUGCCCGACUCCCGUUGCCCAUCUGAGCCCAGCUUUCCCCCUCUGAGCCCAGUUUUCCUCCUCUCACCCCAAUAUCAGAGUGGGCACAUCCUCACCAUGGAUGCAUGCAGGCUUUUCCUCUGCAUGCACCGUCUCUGUCUUGUGUGACAGCCUGGGGCUGUUUCUCACCCUUGUUACGCUGGGGUUCUUGGCCGAGAGCUCCUGGGCAGGGACUGACUUUGAGAUGAGACUUCUCUGUUCGUUUCUGGCUGUUUCUGGGUCUGGGAGGCAUUUGGAGGGUUCACCGCUUAUAUCUAUGGCCGCAUACCUCAGGGUUUGCGGUGAGGGGUGUGGAGAUUCCUGUGCUGCAAGAAAUCUCAGUGCUUCCGUUGUGCUGGGGAGAGGCCAACCCACCUUGGGGUACCAGGGCUGGACCAAACUGUAGAGGGCAUCUGACCCAGGAGUUGAGAGCCAGACAUAUUAUUUGCAAAACUCUGCAGGGAAUUUAAAAAUGAAACCAAUCUGAACUCUCCGUCCAGAAUUCAUGGUCACCAGCCAUUCAACAAAUAUUUACUGGACACCUGUUUUAAGUCUGUCACUGGUUUUGGAGUUUGCAUAUAGCUAUAUGUGGCAGGUUGUGGUGAUGACUGAUGUCUCUGCCUUCAUGGAGUGAGUAGUCUCGUGGGAUGAGGGGAAACAGACAGCAUAGAAAUAGAUGUGUGAUAGGACUCUAGGUGGUUAUAGAUGCCUUGAAUGAUGAUCAAGUGAGACUGGAGGAAUGAGACUGGCAGGGAGGAGAGCCCGACUGUCUGUGAUCGUUGGUCAGAGAGGACCUCAGAGCAGGGCAUCUGUGCAGAGACCAGGCAAAGUGAGGGAGCUGGUCAUGUGACUACCCUUGAGAAGAGCACUAGGGCAGCAGGAACAGCAGGUGCAAUGGCCCUGCAGCAGGCAUGUGCUUGGGUGUGGGAGGAACAAGGAGACCAGGGAAUCUGAGUGAGUGAUGGAGAAGGGCAAGUUUUUGAUGCCUACAAUGCCAAGAGGUGGCCAGGGGAGGAUCCUGGGGAGGUGCCAAGGCCUGGGGGAAGACCUGGGCUUUAUUUUCAGAGCUGCCCGUUGAAGGAGAUUUGAAUGGCUGCAGUGUGAGAUGUGCUGGGCAAGGGAGGAUUCGAAGGUCAUUUAGUCAGAGAUACUGGUGGUUUGGAGCAGUUUGUUCACAGUAGCUGUUUUUGGUGCCUGCAUCACAGCUCCUUGGACCAACUCUGCCUUGGUCUUCAGCUGUGGCUUCAAUCAACAAGCAUGUUGGGUGAUGAGCGCUGUGUUGGAACAGGUGGUUACAUUUUCAUGAAUGAUGCAAGCUGGCCGCAGGGGGAAAUAUUUACACCAUGGCAAUUGGCAAAUGUACAUAUCAUCUCCCUUACAACACUCAAACAUUUUCCAGCACAGCACAGCCAUUAGCCCGGUGCUGUGGAUAUUCUCCCAAGCAUCAAAGUGCAGCCAGAACAUUAGGGGAUCUAAUGUCUGAAGGACAAUCCUCAGCUGACGGAAUGGGAGUAAACAUCCUGGGCAUGCAUCCUUUAGGUGGGUGCUUCUUGGAGCUUUCACAGAAUGCAGCCUUGCUGCCUACAGCUGUGACCUGGGAAAUGCACCUGUGUGUGGGUUUGCCCCUCCUCCCUCCCUCACUCUCCUUGCUCCCUUGCUUCUGCUUCCUGAGACAUCUCCCAAAUAAGCUACCUGCACCUAAGCCUGCCUGCAGCUCUGCUUUUCGGAGAAUCCACUUAAGAUGGUGGUAGAGCUGGGUGUGGUGUGAGAGGCAUCAGGUGGCUGGCGUGAGAGAGAAGAGUCCUGGAUGACUCGAAGGGUUCCAGCCUGAGCAGCUGGAAGGAUGGAGAGGCUCUGGCAGCAAUGGGGAGGAGCCAUUGAGAUGAGCAGGAUGGGGGCUGGGCAAAUCAAUGCUCUGUUCAGCUUUGGACAGGUUCUGUUUGAGAGACCUAUCAGAUCCCCAGGUGGAAAUUGUACCUGGCGAUGGGGAGAGGUGUGUGGUUGGAUAGAGAUAUCUGGGACUGGACAACACUGAUUACGUCAGGUGCCCACCUGCAUCUGUGACUCAGUGAUGCCCUCCUGCUUAGGAAGCCUCUGUGUAUCUGUGUAUGUGUCUGUCAUCCAUAUAUUUAUCAUUUAUCUCUAUUUUUUAUUUAUCUCUCAAUGUAUCUAUCAUCUAUUUAUAAAUGUAUCUAUAUUCUAGCAUCUAGCCAUCAAUCUAUCAUUUAUCUAUUUUUAUUUAUGUAUCAAUAGAUCUAUCAUCUAUUUUUCAAUAUAUCUAUAAUCUAUCAUCUAUCUGCUAAUCGAUCAUCUACCAUUAUCUAUCAAUCUGUGUAUCUAUCUCUCUCUCCAUCCAUCCACCUAUCCAGGCUGUGCUUGCUUCCUUCCACCCCUUCCUUAGCCUAUCCCUGCCCAGGAAAAUUCUUGUCCCUGCUCGAAUGCCUUCAGUGACAGGAAACUCACCAACCUCUUAAGGCUUCAGCAUAGAAGUUUCCAACUCAUGUGGCCACUCCAGAAUACUGUCCUCCGGGGACUGUGUUUCUCUCUCAUGUCCUCCUCCCAAGAUUUAUUUACACUCCUCACUUGCCAGGAGAGAGUACUUGGGAGCUCCGAGCCAUGCGUGUUCCCUGGCAGGGUCGCCUGUGUGCUGGGGAAGAAUGGGCCCAGUCAUGGGGUGGAGACGCCCCCCAGCUGCAGCCCUGGCUCCAGAGCAGAGGCGGCUUUGUGCUUCUCAGGGACAAGGGUUGCCAUUGAGGCAGGCCAGGGAUGCUGUGCAAGCUAGUGAUGGCUGCAGGCUGAAAUCGGGCAUUUCACAGAGAGCAAGCGCUGUGCUGUCCCCGCAGCCUGUGCAUGAAUGGAGGCUUUGGCCCUCGGAGUGCAGCCGUGCAUGGGGCCACGUGCAGGCAUUUCUGGCUCCUGGCUCCCGGGGAGAGAGGCGAGUCCUGUUCUCUCCCUGAGUUCUGUUUGACAAAAUUCACAAAAACACAAAGAAACACAAAGUGGGGGAGAGGAUCAGUUCAUUCUCCUGGCUCCUGGUUGGUCUCGAGACCUCUCCUGUUGCCUGUGCUCUGGAAGAUUCCCCACAGCACCUACUAGGUGGGUCAGAGGAGGAUGGAUUUGCGGGACCCUGGAAGGCUGGGAAAAGGACUGAGAAGCCGCAGCCCUGUGCCAGGAAGAGCCACAGAGAUGAGAUGGACCAAGCGCCCCCGGCGCGUCCUGAAUAUCUGGUCUCAGGGAUUCGAACUCCCCCUGUGAGGAGGAACAGCAAACUGGCCACCCUGGGCAGGAUCUUCAAACCCUGGAAAUGGAGGAAAAAGAAAAACGAAAAACUGAAGCAGACGACGUCAGCGCUGGAGAAGAAGAUGGCCGGCAGGCAAGGCCGAGAGGAGCUCAUCAAGAAGGGGCUGCUGGAGAUGAUGGAGCAGGAUGCUGAAAGCAAAACGUGCAACCCCGAUGGAGGACCCCGAUCUGUGCAGAGUGAACCGCCUACUCCCAAGUCAGAGAUGCUGACUUCAGAAGACGCCCAGCCUGGAAGCCCCUUGGCCACUGGGACGGACCAGGUCUCCCUGGACAAGCCACUGUCCUCAGUCGCCCACUUGGAUGAUGCAGCCAAGAUGCCAUCUGCAUCCAGUGGUGAAGAAGCAGACGCUGGCAGCCUCCUGCCCACCACCGAUGAGCUCUCCCAAGCCUUAGCUGGGUCUGACUCCCUGGACAGUCCUCCCAGACCUCUGGAGAGAUCUGUGGGCCAGCUCCCCAGCCCCCCACUGCUGCCCACUCCGCCACCCAAGGCAAGCUCCAAAACCACAAAAAAUGUCACAGGCCAAGCUGCACUUUUCCAAGCCUCCAGCAUGAAGAGUGCCGACCCUCCCCUCCGGGGCCAGCUCUCCACACCCACGGGGUCUCCGCAUCUCACCACGGUCCACCGGCCUCUUCCCCCAAGCCGCGUCAUUGAGGAGCUGCACAGGGCGCUGGCCACAAAGCACCGCCAGGACAGUUUUCAAGGAAGGGAAAGUAAAGGGUCUCCAAAGAAGCGGGUGGAUGUCCGUCUGUCGAGAACGUCCAGUGUGGAGCGGGGCAAGGAGAGGGAGGAGGCUUGGAGCUUUGACGGGGCCUUGGAGAACAAGCGAACUGCCGCUAAGGAAUCUGAGGAGAACAAGGAGAACCUGAUCAUGAAUUCUGAACUCAAGGACGACUUGCUUUUGUAUCAGGACGAGGAGGCGCUGAACGACUCCAUUAUUUCUGGAACACUGCCACGGAAAUGCAAGAAGGAGCUCCUGGCCGUGAAGCUAAGGAACCGGCCAAGCAAACAGGAACUGGAAGACCGGAACAUUUUCCCCCGAAGGACUGAUGAAGAAAGACAGGAGAUCCGGCAGCAGAUCGAGAUGAAGCUCUCCAAACGGCUGAGCCAAAGACCUGCCGUGGAAGAGCUGGAGAGAAGAAAUAUCUUGAAACAAAGGAAUGAUCAGACAGAGCAGGAAGAAAGAAGAGAAAUCAAGCAAAGAUUGACAAGAAAGCUUAAUCAGAGACCCACCGUUGAUGAAUUAAGAGACAGAAAAAUUCUGAUACGAUUCAGUGAUUACGUGGAAGUAGCAAAAGCGCAGGACUAUGACAGGAGGGCAGACAAACCCUGGACGAGACUGUCAGCAGCAGAUAAGGCAGCAAUUCGUAAAGAAUUAAAUGAGUACAAAAGUAAUGAAAUGGAGGUACAUGCAUCAAGCAAGCACUUGACAAGAUUCCACAGGCCAUAGAGAUUUUCUUCUGAGAAGAAUUUGUGUUUAAUUUUUUGAUACCAACACUGAACAUUCAUCAGGGAACUUUCCUGAAGUUCAGCUCAAGACUACCUGCUGUGUUUGUGAGAAGAGCAGGAUCACACACACAGGUGCAAUCUUGACCACACUUACCUGCAAGAGGAGUAACCAGAGGACACACUUCCUUCCUUCUUUGGUGUCUGAGGAGUGUGAACUGUUGGGGUCAGUUAAGACCCAACAUAACUCUAUCAGAAGAAAACUGUUGUUUGCCUUUCAACCUUGUUUUACAGUUCUGCAGUGUAAUGGAGGACGGGCAACGUGCAUGUGCAGGCUCACCACUCCCAGGCCUCUGACAUGAGGGACAUGUGACAAUGUCAUUCAGUAUUAUGUUUAAAAGACAUUUUUAUCCUGAUCAUUAUUAAUUUGAAAACUCUUUAAGUUCAUGUUAUACAAAAUGAUUUACUGUAUUAUACUUUUCCUUUUUUAUAUAAUGUCUAACAAAAAAUACAGCUGCAACAUUUUGAUUCCUGUUAAUUUUGUUCUUUAAUUAAAUGACUACUUAUUGCAGGAAAUUAA